AUGGCUUCCACAAGUAACGUUUAUGGAGGUGAUGAAAUCAAUGCCAUCGUUCUCGAUCCUGGCUCUUUAAACACCAGAAUCGGUUAUGCCGGUGAUGAUUUCCCUAAAGUCAUCACUCCUUCAUAUUAUGCAUAUGAACCAACCACAAAGAAAUCUAUUUUUGGUGAUGGUAUUAAUGUACCAAGAUCUAAUUAUGAGAUUAAACCUAUAAUGAAAGAUUCAGUAGUCAGUGACUGGGAUGCUGCCAUCAAUCAAUACACCCAUUACUUUGAAAACGAUCUUAAAAUCGAUUAUAAAGAACAACCAAUACUUAUAACUGAACCUAUUUGGACUUCAACCAGUGAACGUAAAACUGUGGUAGAGAAUUUUUAUGAACAUUUUGAAUUCCCUGCAUUAUACUUAGCUAGAGCUCCAACUUGUAUAUCAUUCCAACAAGGAAGACCCAAUUGUUUGGUUGUUGAUAUCGGACAUAAUACUGUUAGUGUUACACCAGUUAUUGAUGGAAUUUCAUUAAUUAAGAAUUCUUUAAGAACUCAUUAUUCUGGUGAAUAUUUAAGUGACCAAUUGAAAGAUUUAUUCUUAACCAAAUUCCCCAACUUAACAUUGGAUAAUAAAUUCAAAAUAAGAUCGAAAGAAUCUACUAAAUAUCCUGAUCAACCGAAAUUUACCGUAAGAGAUAAUAUUCCCGAGAAUAUUACUCAAUCAUUUGAAGAUUAUCAACAAGAAUUGAUCUUCCAUGAAAUGAAAGAAACUUUAUUAGAAGUUCCAGAAAAAUUAAUCAGUGAAGAAAAUAGUGAAUAUUAUUCAAAAGAUGGACAAAAAAGAUUAUUUGAAUUACCAAAUGGUCAAUCAAUAGAAUUAGGUAUUGAAAGAUUUGAAUUGGCUGAUUCUAUAUUUGAUCCAGUCAAUUAUCAUUUUACAAAUAAACAAUUAUCAGAUAAAUAUUCAACCGAAACUGGUAAUUUAGUUAUUGAUACAACUCAAGAAGAUUAUAGACCAUUAAAGAGAGCUAGAAAAGUCGAAUCUAAUAAUUCCACCCCACCACCUUCAAGUCCUUCUAAAGAAAUUAUUGAUGAAACCAGAGGUUUAACUCAAUUAAUAUCUCAUGCUUUAUCAACCAUUGAUAUUGAUUUAAGAGCUUCAGUUGCUCAUAAUAUAAUUAUAACAGGAGGAGUCUCGUUAAUUCCUCAAUUGACUGAAAGAUUAUAUAAUGAAUUAACAGCUUUAAAUCCAGGAUUAAAAAUCAGAUUACAUGCCGUUGGUAAUUCAAGUGAAAGAGUUAAUCAAGCAUGGAUUGGAGGUUCAGUACUUUCAUCAUUAGGUACAUUCCAUCAAAUGUGGGUAACAAAGGAGGAAUAUGAAGAAGCUGGUGCUGAUAGGAUUUUAAAUCAAAGAUUUAGAUAA